GAGAGGCUCAGGUUUGCCCUUGGCGGCUCCUUGCGACCGAAUGCUGCAACCUCCGAUCUCCACCCCCUCACCAGCCAAGUCCUGCCCCGCCGCCGCUCCCGCCGCCUCGCCAGCCAAGUCCUCCUCCUCCGCCGCCGCCUCGCCCGCCAAGCCCGAGGGCGGCUCGCGACGCCGGUGCAAGGACCCUCGCUAUAAGACCGUCCUCUGCAAGAACUUUGUGGCUGCCGGGAAGUGCCCGUACGGCAAAAAGUGCCAGUUUGCGCACGGUCAGAACGAGCUGCGUGAGCGUCCUCCCAUACCGUCCUCCCCAGUGGCACGAGACACGGCGGCGACGCCUCCGCCGCCCGCCUCUCCUCCGGCACGGGCCUCGGUGCCCACGACUCCAACCUCGUCACCGCCGACCACCCCGACGACGAGGCCUGGAGUGGUGUACGUGCCGAUGACGGUCCAGGUCGACUCGGAAGGGCAGCCCAUCCGCAAGGCGCCCAAGCCCUUGUUCCUCCCCGCCUUUGAUAGCCGCUUCUCGCCGCCGCCGCUCGCCGCCGCCGCCGCCGCCUCGGCGCCCGACUCGCCGCUGUCGCGCGGGCGGCUCGGCCCCUCCUCCCCGGUGCCGACCGCCCUCACGCCGCCCGCCCGCCCGGUCGAGGGAGGCCGCUUCCGCCCCUUUGCCGAGCGGAGCGGCUGGCCGUCCGAGCCGUCUCUCUCGUUUCGCGGCUCGCCAGAGCUUGCGGCGGAGCACCGGGCGGCGGUGGCGACGCCGCUGGCGACGCCGCGCGCGGUCUACGCGCCGCACAGCGCGCUCGCCGCCGUCGACUUGGGCUCCCUCUCCCUGACGGAGCGAGUCAUGUACAUGGACAGCGCCGCAAAGGGAGCCGGCAAGGAAGUUGGCGCGAAGCCGGCGGGCAGCUCGUGCAGCGCCGUCUGCAGCGGGCUCGGAAGCCCGCUCGCAGCGGCGGCGCACGAGGGGGCAGGAGGCAGGGUGCCAAGCUCUCCGCUCCCCCCCGGACUCGCCUUCUCGGGCGCCGCCUCGUGGGGCGGCGCCGCGACGGCGGCGGCGACCGGCGAGUCGAACCUGCAGGCCGGCGGCCAGGUCGGGCGCGAGGCGGACCUGCGUGUGAACCGCUCGACUGGCCGCGUCGAGCUGCAGUCGGCGGUGUCUCGGAAGGCGUCCUUCAACACGAACGCGCUGCGGAGGCAGCUCUCCCUCGUCCUCGACCACGGCGAUGACACCGACGAGAGCCGCGCCGUGCCCCUCCCUGCCGACCACGAGCAGAGCCGCCCCCAGCACGCACUCUUCGGGCGGAGAUCGCUCGCCCGCAUGGCGGAGGCGGCGAUGGACGCGGCCGCGGCCGAGCCGGUGGUGUCGCCCGGGCGGACCGCCGCGCAGGGAGGCCUCCAGGUCAACGAGGGCUUUUGCCUCGACUCGCCGAUUGUCGCCUGAGCCGCUCCGGCUCUGCUAAGGUGUCGGGCUCUGACGCGGCGUCACUCUGGGUCGGAGUCCACUCUGGUUCGGGCGGGCGGGGCCUGGCUCGCGGCCCGCGGCGGCGGCCGCUCUCCUCCCCUCCCCCCUCCCCUCCCCUCCCCCUUGAUGCCGCCUAUUCUGUCCAUCGCGGUCUAUUCUCUAUUGACGCGCCGAGUCUCUUAUCUCCACGCCUCGCCUCCCACCUCCCCUGUCCAUUGUGUUCCGUUGGCGUGUGCGUGCUGUUAACUCGCGGCCGGGCCAGGUCGCGCGAGAGGUCUGCUCCGCAAGAGCACGGACCCUCUUUGGCCUGUGUGGCUUCCGGUGGACAGUGCGCCACUUGCUCAUGUUGUGUGUAAUAUAUUGGUGCAAUUUGGGAGAUGUGCAUAACCAUAUGUGCGUGUAUUCGUUCGUGUGUAUCCGCCGUGCGCGCCCGAGAGGGCGGGCGUUCUAUUUUUUGUGAAUAAGUCCUGUGUAUACACUUUCCUUCC